CAAGUUGGAUGUGGAGAGUCAGUGAGAAGUGGCAGCUGUAUCUGUGACACACUGAGGAAAAGUGACCGAGCACGGAGACAGGCAAAGCCUCUAGGGGGCCAUGUCUGGUGGCAGCAGCGCUAACAACAGCUGGACCAUCCUCACUUCUGAGGAAACUGCUGCUGAAACCCUGAGGCCUUUGGCAGAAGGGACGGAGCACCAUGAAGGAAGCCAAGCAUCUGCAGCAGGUUCUGGGGAGAACAACCCGCCUGCGAAUGCUGCAGAACCUGCAGAAGGCCUCCCGGUGCAGGACCACACAGUAUCGGAGGUGAAACCAGCAGAGCUCAGCGAGGCCUCUGUGCCUGCCACUGUCCCCGAUACCUUCGUUCCUUCCACUUUGGAGGCCUCCGGCAGCUCGAUCCACAGCAGCGAUGACGUCGGCCAGACGGACGGCUCGCCCGAGGGCCCGGCACUGCUCAGCCCCGACCCCGAUUCGUCCUCCGACUCCUACACCUGCAUCCCUUCCUCCCCAGACGAGCCUCCGGCCUUGCUGCUGAGCGCCGACACCAUCGGAACUGCAGAGUUUGCACCGGUCGAAGAGGAGCUUGCUCAGGAGGAAACGCUGCAUCACCUGAACGGGGAGGAGCUUCAGCAGGAAGGGGAGGAGUCACAGCUUCUGACGACUGACUUGGGAACACAGGCAGUGUACUUGGUGGACCAGCUGGUUCUGGACUUGUUCUGUAUCUGGGCCAGGAGGAGAGGCUGUGACUCCCCUCCGGAUGCAGAGGCGGGUGAGGAGAGGACAGGGAAGGCGGGGGAGGAGGGAGAGCCGGAGGUGAGGAGGAGAAGGUCUCUCCUGGCGGCUCUGGAGAGGAUCGGAAGGAGAGAGGAAGAGGAGGAGGACGAAGACUUUCAGGUGCCACAGCGGGAGGAAGACAGCGGUUUCUCUGUGAACAAGUGCAUCCUGGGUGCCGUGAUCCUGCUGGGCCUCGGCACCAUCUUUUUCUCAGGUGUUUUCAUGGACCUCAAUGAAGAAAGCGACUAUGGCCCCACGGAGCUGAAGAAUACCGAAGUACCAGGAAAACAGGAGUGGCUUAAUCCAGAGGCCCCGCCGCCCCCGGGAGACGCUGACAGUUCACAGCUUCUAAAUAAGUUAGCCGAAGGGAGCCAGCAGAUUUCUGUGCUGCAGGCCCAACUUCAGGCACAGAAAGAGGAGCUAAAAGUAGCCAAGGGACAGGCAGCGGAGGGAGCGAAGGAGCGGCGGCGCUGGGAGGAGGUGGAGAAGGAAAACAGUAGGUUGAAGACAGAGAUGGCAUCUCUCCCUGUCCUUCACAAAGACAACGAGAGGAUGAAGAAAGAGCUGGAGUCUGUGCCGGCCCUACAGAAAGAACUAGAAACACUGAGAUCCACUGUGACUGAGUUAAAACUCUCCUCAGCAGCCGGUCAGGCAGCUUCUGUGAAGGCCGCUACGUCGCCCCCCGCUGGUCAGCCAGAGGACGGCAGGCAAACUAGGAAGCCGUGGGAUGACCAGAAGGAGAAGAAGAAGAAAGAUCCGAAGAGGGACAAAUACGACAUGGGCGAGAAGAAAGAGCGGAAGGAAAAAUCUGCAUUGAAGGACGCAGAUAAAAAGGAGAGAAAAGAUGCCGGUAAGAAGGAAUGGAAGAAGGAAAAGCACGAGCACGGGGUGUUUGAGAAGGACGGCAAGCACAAGAGGCCGAACGACGAGGCGAAGCAGUGGAAGAAAGAGAAGACGAGCAGAGGAGAUGAAGGAAAGCCUUGGAAGAAUCGGGAAGGGAAGAAAGAGUGGGUAGGAAAGGGUGAGAAAAAAGAGUGGAAGGAGGAGAAGGAGAGGAAGAAGGUGAAGCACGAGAACGAAGGUAAACAGUGGAGGGGAGGGAAGGAUCGCGGAGAGAAGGAGUGGAAGGGAGAGAAGGAGUGGAAGAAAGUGAAAGACGGCUUUAAGGAAAGUGGCAAAGAGAAGUGGGAGAGGAAAGAGUGGAAGGAGAAAGGAGAGAGGAAGGAGAAAGGAGAGAGGAAAGAGUGGAAGAAAGACACAGAGUGGAAGGACAAGAACGGCAAAGGGAAGGGCGAGAGGAAACACUGGGAAGGCGGCAAAAACCACGGCAAGGAAAGAACCGCGAAGGACGAGAGGAAGCAGUGGAACGAGCACGAGUGGAGUAAAAAGGAAAAACACGACAAGGAGUGGAAGAGGAAGGACGAGAAGUGGGAAAAGGAGGAGGAGUGGAAGAAGGGGAGGCCGAAAGAGAAGAAGCACAACGGAGAGGGGAAGAAGGAGAAAUCAGAAAAAGGCAAAGAUAAAUUUACAGGUAAUCACAAGGACGAGCAUCUGUACGGGGAACAAAAGCAGCUUCACACUCACCGCAAACCCUCCCUGGACCAGCCGGAGUACUGGCUGCAGCAGAGGGACCGCCUGCAGCACAGUCCCAAACCGCCGCAGCACUGCGGCUCCUUGGAGAGCUGCGCCGAGGCCGAGCAGCUGCUUCCCGUCCCUCUGCCGGAGUUCGAGGCCAUCCUCCAAACGUAUCUCGCCAAGGCAGAGGAGGCCGGAGCAGACGAAGCCAAAAGAACGGAGCUGAAGAAGCUGGCGGCGGAGUUCUUCAAGGACGGCUUCUUCGCUCACGACCAGAUGAGCUUCCGGGAUUUCGUUGAAGACGUGGGAGACAUUUUGGAAGACAUGGUGGAAGGCGACGAGGAGGACAGCGACGCAGAGGACAGCGCCAUAGAGGAGGAAAUGGAGGCGUUCGAAAAGGAAGUCAUGGAGAAGUUCUCGAUGCCGGGAGCCGUGGAGAAAGAGGAGAGGGUCAAAGGUGAGCGGAGGAAGGAGAGCGAACGAGGACGUGGCUGAUGAAGUGGUGGAGCUGGAAGGAGUCGGGAUGGAGGGAGGUUUACUCAAAGGGAACACUUCUUAUUGGACCACAAAUGCUUAAAAGUAUACGUUUAUCAACCUGCCGUCCUGUCUGAAGGGUUGGCUUCUCUUCAACGUGUUGUCCAAGCGAUUUAAAUUGUAAUUUUGUUCCAUUGUUUUGGGAGGUUUUUGUAUUUCACCUGCACACACACCUUAGUACAAAGGGAUAUAGAAGGGCUUGUAUCUGCAUCAGAACAUGAUGUUAUGAGAAAGAACUUGUAAAAACAUAGAUUCUGAUGUUCAGGCCAGACAAUAUUCUCUAAAACUACUUACACAGCAUACAGCAGGAGUGAGUGGACCCCAGUGCAAAAGUUGCAUCAUUUCAAAGCUCUCAUAAAUAAUAAAUAAUAAUAAAAAACAGAAACUUUACAGAGACAAUGUUCAAAAUUCAGGCCCCAGAGUAGAAUCUCAACUGGUGGCAGCAUCAUGAUAUGGGGCUGCAUGAGGGCAGAAGGUGUUGAUGACAUUAAUAGAUGAAUGUCUAAGGAUAAACCAGAACACUGGCUGACUAGAUGAAGCUGGAAGAAGAGGAAUAUUCCAGCAUGAGAACCAUCCAAAGCACAAAAUCACUCCCACUGUGAGGCCUGUAUUUUCAGUAUAAUCCAUUUUAAUUUAGCAUAAGAGCAAAUCUUCACUGCAGGUGAUUAUAAUUUGGAGUAAUUGAAGUGGCACCGCACAGGGCUGCACUCACGUCUGUAGUAUGUUGUAGCUUGUUUAUAUGUAACCGAUCACAUGCAGCUAAUGUCUACAUCCACUGGUUAUUUACGUUAUAGUCUUAUUCAGACACUUCUUCACUCUGCACUGUUUACCUAUUGGCUGAUCGGGCUUACAGUAUCUUCAUGUUUUAGUUACUUAAGCCUGACUCUUAAUGUCGGAUUAUCUUUGAACGUUGGUUAACAAACCUUUUUUUUUUUUUUUUUUGAUAUAAAGGACGGCCUCAACAUGGACUGCUGGAAAGAUAAAGUGAAUACUUGACGUGAAGUUAGAGAAGUCCGCGUAGGUCUUGAAGGUUGUACAUAUCGCAUCGUUUGUCUGUUUUAAGAACUCGGCUGUCAUUUCAAAAACAUAUAAUUAACUUAUUUCCUAGCGGUUGGCAUAGGAUCGGGUCGGCACAUAAGACAUCGACAUGUUGAGCGUGUAUAUUUUAUUUCAGGUACAGAACUCGUGUUGUGCACUAAAAUGUUCUUAAUUAUUGUUUUGCGACGAAUUUGUUUGCGUGGAUUAGGUCUGAGCUUGGUUUUCACACGCUGGUGAGUUUAUGAAAUGUAGCUGACUGAAGCUCCUGUAGAGAUUGUUUGUUCAGAGGCGUUAUUGUGUGGCAGCGUUAGAGAAUUUUCAAUGUUAGGAAGUUUGCUGCUGUUGUUGUCAUAAGAGCAGAAUAAUAAAUUUAAAUGGCUCCCUGUGAUGCAAUAA